ACCAAAUGCUGUUACCUCGCGCUAAAUCUGACAUAGAAAGACAUUCCAACAGAACUCUGCUGAGAAUUUGCCUAACUUCCAUUCCAGAUCUCAAAUUGUAGAUUAUGAAAGAAGAAAUAUAAUUCUUUAUUCGUUCCAAUGAAGAGAAAAUACUUAUCGAGAACACUGGAGAGAACCAACAUAUUGGGAAUAAGCGUUUUUAAAGUCUAGCUGUGCAACUUCAUUGGCCUCAAGAGCAUCGUGGUUCAUCUUGUAACAUUGUGACAUGCACGAGUUUUGAAACGGAAAUAUAUACAUUCGAAGCUCUUAGGAUUCAAUGAUCUGCCCACACGAGAGCCGCAAAUUGCGCCAUAGUUCAACGUCCAUGGACAUCUUCCUGUUCCACAAGUCAUCAUAUGCAGACAGUGUCCUGAUGCACCUCAAUACACUGCGGCAACAGCGUCUCUUCACAGAUGUGCUCCUCCAUGCUGGAAACCGCUCCUUUCCCUGCCACCGUGCAGUGCUGGCCGCAUGCAGCCGCUACUUCCAGGCCAUGUUUUCUGGGGGGCUGAGGGAGAGCCAAGCCAGUGAUGUGAACUUCAGGGACUCCAUCCACCCGGAUGUCUUGGAACUUCUCCUGGAAUAUGCCUACACUUCCCGGGUGGUAAUCAAUGAGGAGAAUGCAGAGUCCCUAUUGGAGGCCGGGGACAUGCUGGAUUUCCAGGACAUCCGCGAUGCCUGUGCUGAGUUCCUGGAGCAUAAUCUUGCACCAUCAAAUUGCCUGGGCAUGCUGCUGUUGUCUGAUGCCCACCAGUGCACCAAGCUGUCUGAGCUCUCCUGGGGCAUGUGCCUCAGGAACUUCCCAGCCAUCUGCAAGACGGAAAACUUUCUCCAGCUUCCUAAAGACAUGGCAGUCACGCUGCUGUCGCAUGAAGAGUUAGAGACUGAGGAUGAGAGAUUGGUCUACGAGGCCGCCCUCAACUGGGUCAACUAUGACCUGGAGCGGAGGCACUGCCACCUGCCGGAGCUUCUGAGAACAGUACGCCUGGCCCUUCUCCCUGCCAUCUUCCUCAUCGAGAACGUGUCCACGGAGGAGCUGAUCAACGUCCAGGCAAAGAGCAAGGAGCUGGUGGAUGAGGCAAUCCGCUGUAAACUAAGGAUCCUGCAGAACGAUGGGGUAGUGAACAGUCCCCUGGCCCGGCCCAGAAAGACCAGCCAUGCCUUGUUCCUCCUGGGGGGACAGACAUUCAUGUGUGACAAGCUGUACCUUGUGGACCAAAAGGCCAAAGAGAUCAUCCCCAAGGCGGACAUUCCAAGCCCAAGGAAGGAGUUCAGCGCCUGCGCCAUUGGAUGCAACGUCUAUGUGACUGGGGGCCGCGGCUCGGAGAAUGGCGUGUCCAAAGACGUCUGGGUCUACGAUGCGUCUCGCGAAGAGUGGUCCAAGGCUGCGCCAAUGAUUAUCGCCCGCUUCGGCCACGGUUCAGCAGAGCUCAAACACUGCCUCUACGUGGUCGGUGGCCACACAGCGGGUACGGGCUGUCCCCCUGCCUCACCCUCGGUUUCGCUAAAGCAAGUGGAGAGGUACGACCCCACGAACAACAAGUGGUCCAUGGUGGCGCCGCUGAGGGAGGGUGUGAACAACGCGGCCGUGGUCAGUGUCAAGCUCAAACUCUUCGCUUUUGGCGGAACCAGCGUUUCCCACGACAAACUACCCAAGGUGCAACUUUAUGACCCCCAAGAGAACCGUUGGUCUGUGCCAGCCUCUUGUCCGCAGCUCUGGCGCUACACCGCGGCCGCUGUUCUCAACAACCAGAUCUUUGUCAUGGGCGGGGACACAGAGUUCUCGCCAUGCUCUGCCUACAAGUUCAGCAGUGACAGCUACCAGUGGACUAAAAUCGGAGACGAGACAGCCAAGCGGAUGACCUGCCAGGCAGUGGCAUCUGGGAACAAACUGUACGUGGUGGGAGGGUACUUUGGCGCGCAGCGGUGUAAGACUCUGGACUGUUAUGAUCCGACCCUGGAUGCGUGGAACAACAUUACUACCGUUCCCUAUUCCCUCAUCCCCACAGCCUUCGUCUCCACCUGGAAACACCUUCCAGCCUGAAUUAUGUACUCUGCAUCCAGCAAAAGCAACCGCCUUCAUGGUCUCAUCCAUCUAAUGGAUUAUUCAUCAUAUGUAUAAGAUUCAAGACUGAGAAGAUGCAAGAAUUGCUGUUCAAUGCAAGGAAGAAAAGAAAACAUAACCGAUUACCAUGAAGGAUUGUCAACGGGUGGAUUACUAAGGUAACCAGUGGUGUUUACAUGAAGGAUGAAUAUAAACUCUGUCAUCUCAUAAGGACUUUAUAUUCCAAAAUGUGUAUUUCCUUAUUUUUCUGUAAUGACUGAUCCAUGUGGACAGUAUUUGGAGUAAUCAAGUCAUUAUGUAAUUUGGAUUCCACUUAUUUGUUUUACUUCAACUGUCCUUGAUACUGACUGCAAAAGAACUAGCAAGUAAUGCACAUGGGGCAAUGGAAAGAUCAGAAUUUGCUCUGUUGUAAUAGAGAAGCCGCUCUAGUUAAGGACCUACAGCUGAAGAGGAAAGUAAGGAAGCCAUUGUUACCACUACACAGGUACCUCAUAAUCUCCAGCAGGUUAAUGUGGAAAAAUAUUCUUUAUAGGAUUUUUUUUUUUGUAUUUAUGAGGUAAGGUUUAUCUUUCCCCAAAGACUGAAUGUAUUAAAAGGGGUGUGCUUUAACUUAUUGUUUUUCUGCUUCAUUUCUGUCAUUUCCUUGCCCUUUUCAACAGAUUUUCUUUUAGUUUUUUGAGGUUGAGUCACAUGUACGCCUCCAAUAUGGGAGCAUCUCCACUCUUUGUAGAAAUUAGGAAAAAUACCCUCCAUCUGAUUGUAAUACACUGUAGGCUUGCCAAAUGAAAUUAGGACACAAAAGUGAUACUGUAGGAACUUUUACUUCACCGACUGUCACUGCAAGACAAAAGUGCGACAGUUGGCAGAAAUUAAUGAACACUUCAUUACAUUAUUACGGAAACAUUCCAGGUUUACAGUCAUCUUCAACCUAGCUAGCGUUUCCCCCUGAGAAACCAAUGUAGGAACUCUGCUCUGACAUUCCUUUAACACCUGCUACAUUAGGAUAAUAUGUGCCAAAUAAACACUGAACACACUAGGGAAAUAUUUAAGUUGGGUGCAUGACAAUGUUUGUAUUACUGUCUUCUCUAUCUCUUUGUUGUGGUUUGUGUCAGCUUUGUGUCUCUGUCUCUCACCUCUGUCCAUUCCUGAUAUCCAGUUGACAUGUUGUGGAUAUCAGGAAUGUAGAAACCCAUGAAACCUGCACACCAAACCACAAGCCAUCAUCUUCCUCAUAAGUCUUAUGAUGCAAAAACGUUUUAAAUAAUUGUGUGCUAUGUUGUGUAUGUUUAAUAACUUAAAUAUUGUGGCUGCGAGAAUUCUGUCACUCACCGCCAUCCUGGAAUGUGACAUCCACCCCCAAACCUUCCCACAACUAUCAGACAACACUUCACAACUAUCAGACAACACUUCACACCUAUCAGACAAGACUUCAGAAUGGCUGCUUUAGAUAACAGGGGUUCCACCCAUUAGGUCAAAAGGGGUUCCGUAGCUACGCCCAACAAAGGGUUGUUCUCUAUUGAGAUUUUGGGGAGUGUCUCUUGAUGGUUGGAUGUUUGUUGAGGCCCUGACGUUUUUGUCUAAGACCUCUUCACGCAAACUGAUUGACGAUGUAUAUUAUCUAUUUUUUUUUGCCUGGGUGAAUAUGUACUAUUAUUAAAAGAUUGUCAUUGUACAGUUUAAAUGACAUGCCAUCAUACUUGUGUAUACAUUCCAUUUCGUCUACUGGAAAUCAUUGACAUUUUGUACAAGUGUAUUUUUUUUCACAAUGUGAAAUUCAUUGCUAAUAAAAGUAAGAGUUUUUCUCUUUUCCCAUGAA